GUGUCAAAGAUGGGUAGAGAACUGUCGAAGGGCAGAUUUAGAAGAUAAAACUCCAGAUCAACUGAACAAGCAUUACAGAUUGUGUGCUAAACAUUUUGAGACUUCUAUGAUAUGCAGAAGUAGCCCUUACAGAACGGUUUUACGGGAUAACGCUGUGCCAACUAUAUUUGAUCUUACAAGUCACCUGAACAAUCCUCACAGCAGACACAGGAAAAGGAUAAAAGAGCUGAGUGAAGAUGAAAUAAGAACACUGAAGCAACAGAAGAUUGAUGAACCUUUUGAACGGGAACAGGCAACUCAAGAAUUGAAUGAAAACAAUGAACAAAACGCUGUCUCUGAGGAAGGAGGGGAAGAACAAGAGGAAGAAGCUGUGCCCCUAACACUGGAAGAAAGAGAAAACAAAGAUUACCUUAAAUCUUUGUUUGAAAUACUGAUCCUAAUGGGUAAACAAAAUAUUCCUUUGGAUGGCCAUAAUGUCGACGAGCUUCCAGAAGGUAUUUUUACUUCCGAUAACUUUCAGGCUCUACUGGAAUAUAGAAUAAAUGCUGGAGAUGAAGUUCUGAGGAAGCGAUUUGAGAUGACUGCAGUCAACCUUGAGUAUUGUUCCAAAACUCAGCAGAAACAAAUGCUUGAGAUCUGUGAAAACUGUGUUAGAGAAGAGACACUGAGGGAAGUAAGAGACUCACACUUCUUUUCUAUUGUCACGGAUGAAGUAGUAGACAUUGCAGGAGAGGAACAUUUGCCCGUGUUGGUGAGAUUUGUUGAUGAUUCUCAUAAUCUAAGAGAAGAAUUCAUCGGGUUUUUGCCAUAUGAAGCUGACCCUGAAAUUUUAGCUGUUAAGUUCCACACGACUAUUACUGAGAAGUGGGGUCUAAACAUGGAGUACUGUCGAGGCCAAGCCUACAUCGUCUCCAGUGGGUUUGCUUCCAAAAUGAAAGUUGUGGCUACAAGACUCUUGGAAAAGUAUCCACAAGCUGUGUAUACGCUGUGUUCCUCGUGUGCCUUAAAUGUUUGGCUGGCAAAAUCCGUUCCUGUUGUUAGUGUUUCCAUUGCAUUAGGAACAAUGGAAGAGGUUUGCUGUCUAUUCAGUCAGUCUCCACAAUUACUAGUAGAACUGGACAACACAAUUUCUGUUCUUUUUCAGAACAACAAGGACAGGGGUAACAAUCUGAAGGAGAUCUGCCGUUCCCAGUGGACAGGCAGGCAUGAUAUGUUUGAGGUUUUAGUGGACCUCCUGCAAGCAUUGGUACUGUGCUUGGAUGCGGUAAGCAGCGACUCGUCCGUUAGGUGGAACAACUGUAUUGCUGGUCGAGCAUUUGUACUUUCAAGUGCUUUAACAGAUUUUGACUUCAUUGUCACUGUUGUCAUUCUGAAAAACAUUCUCUCUUUUACAAGAGCAUUUGGGAAAAAUCUCCAAGGCCAAACAUCAGAUGUCUUCUUUGCAGCCAGCAGCUUAACAGCAGUGUUGCAUUCGCUGAAUGAAGUGAUGGAGAAUAUUGAAGUUUACCACGAAUUCUGGUUUGAGGAAGCAACAAAUCUGGCUACAAAACUGGAUGUACAAAUUAAACUCCCAGGAAAGUUUCGCAGGGCACGACAGGGGAACUUGGACUCAGAGGUGACAUCAGAAAACUACUACAAAGAAAUCCUUAGUGUCCCCGCAGUGGAGCAUAUUAUUCAAGAAUUAAAAGAUAUAUUCUCAGAACAACACUUAAAAGCUCUUAAGUGUCUGUCGUUGGUGCCCUCAGUCAUGGGGCAGCUCAAAUUCAACACGUCUGAGGAGCAUCACGCUGACAUGUACAAAAAUGACUUGCCUAAUCCAGACACGCUUUCUGCUGAGCUUCACUGUUGGAGAAUCAAGUGGAAGCACAGAGGAAAAGACAUUGAGCUCCCAGCUACUAUUUAUGAAGCACUUCACUUGCCUGACAUCAAGUUUUUCCCUAAUGUUUACGCGUUGCUUAAAGUCUUGUGCAUACUUCCAGUGAUGAAGGUGGAGAAUGAGAAGUACGAAAUAGGACGAAAGCGUUUAAAGGCCUACCUGAAAAACACCUUGACAGCACAAAGGUCGAGCAACUUAGCUUUGCUGAACAUAAACUUUGACAUAAAACAUGACUUAGAUUUAAUGGUGGACACUUACAUUAAACUCUAUCCCUAUAAAGUGGAGUUUCAAGAAGACUUUACUCCCUCAAACAACUCUGAAGUAACAGGAGAUGCUUAAUUUUUUAAGCUUUACCCAAGCUGUUGAAA